AUAUAACAGGAGACACCCUAUCUCCUCCUACUACAAUCAAACAUCAUGGAUAUCAAACCCGACGGUACCGAUGCUCUGUUCGCCGGCGAUACAAUGAUGGUUUCCCCAGCACGCUCCAGUGCUAACACCCUCGUCCCAGAUCAUCCUUGCACGCUAAGGCCAGUGACAAUAAAACAACUGUAUGGUGGUUUUUUAGAGGACAUAGAGCGGUACCCCAUCUUAAUAGAGGGGGAGCCCGUAUCAUCGGUUAUUGGGAAGCCUGGGAUGAACGAGUAUUUCCUUCAGAUAAAAGCUUUCAAAAUAAGUUCCCAUGUCUGCAGUCUUGUAAAAUACAGGCCAAUCGUGAACUACAAUGAUACCACUCAUCAUUACUUGUAUGCAAUUUACACAACUUUGGACAUUCGUAAGACAAAUGCACACAAGGCAAAGGAAAAACCCGUUCCAUCCGCAUCAACUGUAUUUCCCCAAGGGGCUUGCAUCACACCAUCAGUUGUACCCGCGGAGAUGUCUACAAAAGACAAGAUCUUUUCCAUUCUUCGUGACCCAGCUUACAGAGAUAUCGCGCAUGGUGUUAGCCUGAAGCUACUCCGCAGUGCGUUGGACAUCAACCAGUAUGAGAUAAUGAAGGUUAUUACGGAGCAUAUUUAUUUGGGUAUGAUCUACACCACCGUCGAUGACAACCACUUCAAGUCGUCCAUUUGAGGAAAAAAUAUAUUUAAAGUUGUCAGUCUUGUUGGGAACUUUGUCUACUAUUAACUCGCACGAUCCUGUUUACUUUUAUGCAUUUCUGAACAAACUUGUACCAUUUAUUAAGUAGUAUAUGGCACUUCGCGAGGGGCUGUGUUGUACUCCGUUAUCUUACUGCUGUUGUCUCUAUCCCACCUACCAAUAGUGCUACUCUCACUGCCCAAUCACCAUUCCUACAGAGAAAUGAGCUCUCCUCCUUCUGUCAAUGCUCCCCCACGGUUAUGGAAGAUCUAGAUUUCAUAUCUAGCAUUGACAACAACAUUUUGUGUGAGAUAUUGAUUAGAGUAGCGUGCACUAGAUCCAUCAUCCGUAGCUCUGUUGUUAGCUCCAGAUGGCUCGAGUUCUAUGGCUCGGAAUCGUUCAUCACGACGUACUCUCGCCGGAAUGCUUCGGCGCUCCUUGGAUUUGUCGCUUCCUUUGAGCGAUCCUUCACCCUUCACGUACGCGUCGUCGAGGUUUUGGCUCAACCACCUGAUCCUAGCCAAGCUUCACUUCUCGCAAGGGUUGAUGUCUCCUCCCUUGCCAGUGUGAACAUCCUCUCAUCCGAACGAGGUGAGUUGCUAGUCUCUUCUAAAGGCCUAGAAGGCGGUUUAUUCUCUGUGUGCCCAAGACCUCCAUUUCGUAUGACAUUCUUAGCAACUAGAAUUCCUAGAGUGCAUCUUGAUUCGCCUCACCAAACAUGUACGGACAGUUUGGCGUUAUUCCUCUUGACCCGGGUUCUACGUUUUCUUUCUUCAUAAAGCAACCAGCGGGAUCCUUCACGCGUUCUUACGCAGGUGUUAGUUUCGGAUCAGUCUCAGAUAUACAUAUCCAUGUUUGCGUCCUGACAAACACCCAAUGGUCUCGUUAUGUUUCCCCUCCGCCGCGAACUCGUCCUGGUAGUGAACCACCAUUGUUUCAUUGGGACCCGUACUACAUCCUUGUUGGUCCCAAUCUAUAUAUUAUGUAUGUCGUGGGAUUUGUUGUCUGCUUCAACAUAGAGAAUUUCUUGUUCUCCACUAUACAACUCCCAAUAGUUCCAACAUCUUGCUUUCAUUACCACAUUUCUAGGAGCAGUUCCGGAAUCCUUUGGUGUGUUCACAGCGAUAAAACAUUUAUUCGCACGUGGGUCCUAUCAUCGCUUCAGGAAUGGAUACCUGCUUCUGGAAUCAACUUGUGCUCAACUUUCGCUGGACGUGCUGCACACCCCAUGUGGAGACAAUUCUUCUUUGGUGACGAUGAAGACGAUGGUUUACAUUCUAUGCAAAUCAGAUGUUCUAGCAUGGAUGCUGGCUUCAUUCUAGUUAAAUUCAGUUUUCAUCAUGCAAUGUUUGUUCUAGGAAUAGCAAACGGUAAUGCGCAAGAGGUUCACUUCCUUGAGGGGGAUGGCCCAAUAAGGUCAAUCUUUCCCCUUACGGAGCGUUGGCCGCCUGUUGAUCGCCCACGUGGUGAUGACGUACCAUAGUGGGAUACCAUAUAGUUGUAUCUUCUCCUUUAAUGGAGUAUGUUUGUGUAUCGGAACGAAGAAUUAUGUAUCCGCUCCUUUGAUUAUUUGUUGUGUAAUGAUGUAGUAUAAUGUUUUGUGUUUA